AUGGGAGCUGAACAAUCAAAAGGUGAAGAUUAAAACACAAUCGAGCAAGUCCUUUAAAAAUUCUAGUAGCAAGAGAAAUUAAACCAUCCUUCUUUUGGAGAUAUUUAGAUUUUGAAAGAUAAGUCCUCUGAUAACUAAGUUGGUUUAAAGGAGUUUAAUCUAACAGAUGAAAGUGAAUUUGCCAAAACUAUAGAGAAAUUCAAACCUAAACUUGCACUUGACAAUCCAAAUUUGAUUAAGCUUCAUAAUUGCAUACAAAAUAAGGAAAGCCAAUUCUGCUCUACUUUCUUUAAGGUCUAUUUAGUAUUUGAAUAUGUCAAAAAUACUCUCGAAUAAGAAGUUCAAGAAAGAUCUAAGGAUUAAAAGCAGCCUUUUAGUGAAGAGGAAAUGUGGAAUAUUUUAACUAGCUGCAUCUAAGGAGCUCAUUUCUUAUACUAAAAUAAGCUCAGCAACAAUAAUAUCCGUCCUUCUACAAUCUACAUUACUUCAAAUGGAAUUGUAAAAUUAGCUGAUCCUACUCUUUUCUCUUAAUAAGGUUUAUAUCCUGCUGCUCUUUCUAGUCCCAAUAACGUUCCUUAAGGUAUCUACAUCUCCCCAGAACUACUUAAUGACAUGUACCAACAAUAGUAUAAUCCAGUAUACAACUAACAAAAGGCAGAUGUUUUCAGUAUUGGUAUGUGUAUGCUUCAUGCAGCUCUUCUUUAACCUUUGGAUGACUUAUAUGAUUAUAAAACUUUCUAAAUCAACGAAGCUUUACUCCACGAAAGAUUAAAUCAAGUAAGAGAAAAUUACGGAGAUCUUCUCUACUAAUACUUGUACCAUAUGCUCAAUUUUAAUGCUGAUGAUCGUUAAGAUAUUGCUUAUUUUUACUAGUAAAUUAAUCUCUAGUAGGAAUAUGCAGAAACAGCUACUUUCUAAUAAGCUGAAAAUACUUCUGCUUAAAUUCAAAAGCAGGUUGAAUACACUACUACUUAAACUAGUGUAACUAAAUCACCUGAAAGAGCCUACUAACCUUAUGAAGUUAUUACUACUAAAACUAUCAAGACUACAACAGUUCCAAAAUAGGAGGAAGAAGUAGUGAAGAGAUCAGCUGCUAAUCCAAAUUAUGGUUAAGUUUAAGUUUAAAUUCAACAAUAGCCUUAGAUAGUUAUCUAAAAAAUGUCUAAUCAACCUACUGGUUAUAGCUCUGCAGGCAUGUUCAAAGAUUCUGAAGAUAAAGGUAGUACAAUCACCUUUAUUCCAAAGGAUCAAAACUCUAAGAAUGCUAUUCCAGAUGAAAAUAUUGGAAAUGCUAUUGGAGGAGGAGACACUUAUUAUCAAUAGUAAUAGCAAAGUGUUGACAUUUAGCCUUAAAUUGUUACAACAUCUAAUAAUUAUGUUCUUCCAUAAACCAACACAUAUGUUACUUAAACAUACACUAGUCCUCCCUUAAAUUAAGACUACACAGCCAAAUAUACCUCUCCAGUUACAACUACUACUGUUACAUACACUAACCCAACUGUCAAUAUUGCACCUUACACUCCACUUACUUAGUAUUCUAGUUCAGUUGCUCCAGCAACUUCGACAUCAAAGUAUUCAUCUACUUUCUAGCCAACUAACACUUAUGAACUCUAAAAAGGUUCAGAAGUAUCCAAUACAAAUACUGGAGCUGGUUAUUAUGUUUCUACUAAAGAAUAGUUAUAUCAACCAGUUGCAUAAACUACUAGCACAAAUACCUAAUUUACAUCCGAUUUGAGUAAGCCUUACUAGACUACUUCUUAUGGAUUAAAAGAAAAUAAUUUUUCCUAUAUUCCAGGUCCUAGUGCUAACACAUAUGGAAGUACUAUUGGAUUAAAUUCUACUACAACUAAUGUAGCAGUAUAGAAUGCAUCACCUGCAUUAACAACUCCUGCUUUAACUACAGUAAAUUAAACUUCAACAUCUAACACUCAACCUGUAGUCACCAAAUAAUCUAUUGUAAAUACUACCGUUCCUGCUGGUUCAACUUCUUCAUACACAGCUACUAAUACUUAUGUUUCCCCAGCUCUCUCUCAUAUUCUUAAAAAGGACGAAUCAAUUGAAGAAGCUAUUAAGCGUUCAGCUCCUCCACCUCUCAAGAGCGAAUUAAUUUCUUCUCCAUAUUCAGCAUAAGUUGCAUAGAAUAGUGGAUCCAAUUUCUAUACUCCAAGUAUCACUACUACUUUGACUUAGCCUCCUAUCUAAACCAACAUUGCUACAGGAACAACUACAACUACCACAACUACUACAGUUAAAAACAGUAAUCCUGUAACAACAAUCACUACUUCAAAUACUGGCUACGAUGCAUAUAAGCCUUCAGAUGAAAUAGAAGCCAUUCUUGCUAAGUAUAGAAACUAAAAGGAAACCAUGUCUUAACUUGGUUUAAGUUCUAACACUGCUGACAUUAAAAUUUCUAACAACUCUGUAGAUGCACCAUAAAAUAACACAAAUUUAGCAGGUGUUAAUACCUAUACAACAACUACUACAACAACUAUUGCUAAUAAUACAGUCACUCCUUCCUAUCAAGCUUACACUCCAUCAUAAACCUAUACAGCUAACUUAUCUAAUAUUGGUGGUAAUUAUGAUAUCAGUAAACCUAUCGAGAGUUUAAAUAAUCAAUUUUAAGGUCUUAACAUUAACUAAAACCCAAAUAUUCAAGUAUCCUAAGUUUAAAGCUAAUACACUGCCCAAUUCAAUCCUUCUUAGGUUUCAAAUACCUACUAAACAUCAACAGUAGGUACAUCUAACUUAGGAGCAACAAAUAGUAGUCCUUACACUUAAACAUAUAAUAUAUAAUAAUCAUUUGGAUAAUCUCAGCCUUAAUCUUAUUAAUAGGAAACCUAAUUAGUUAACGAGUACUAAACAGAAGAAAAGGAGUAUGUUAUUGAAAAUUAUUCUAACAAUUCUAAGUAUGAAGGAGAAAAACUCAAUGGAAUGAGACAUGGUAGAGGUAAGUUCUACUAUUAAGAUGGUGGUCUUUUCGAUGGUGAAUGGAGAGAAAAUAAGAUGCAUGGCAAGGGUAUUUUAAGCUAUGCAAGUGGUAAACCAGCUUAUGAUGGUGACUGGGUAGAUGAUAAAUUCGAAGGUUUUGGAAUUCUUUACAAUGAAAAUCCUGCUCCCUUAAACUAACCCUAUGAUUUUAGCGAUUUUGACAAUGUUGAAGAAUAUUGGACAAAGUACGAAGGUUAAUUUAAGGAUGAUAACAAAGAAGGAUAUGGUACUUUAUUCCUCUCUAAUGGUGAAAAGUUUGUUGGAACAUUCUAUAAAGAUUUUGUUAAUGGUGCAGGAACUUUCUAUACCUUAAAUGGAGAUGUCUUACAAGGACAAUGGCACCAAAAUAAGUUUAUUGCCUGA